AUGCGAUAUGUCCUAAAUAUAUCCCCAUCACUAUACUUGCAGGUGAAGAAACUCCAUCAAGAGAAGAAAAUUGACCUGUUGGUUGACAAGGACCUGAAAAACAACUAUGACAGGAUUGAACUUGAUGAAAUUGUGCAAGUGGCUCUUUUAUGUACUCAGUACCUUCCAAGUCACAGACCCAAGAUGUCUGAAGUGGUUAGGAUGCUUGAAGGAGAUGGUCUUGCAGAGAAAUGGGAAGCCUCACAGAGAGCUGAAUCAACAAGAUGUAGAGGAAAUGAACUCUCCUCUUCAGAGCGCUACUCUGAUCUCACUGAUGACUCUUCACUACUUGCACAAGCAAUGGAACUUUCUGGGCCAAGAUAA